ACAUAAACCUAAAUACCAGGGUGGCCUCUCCCCACACGGCUACCAGGGUGGCCCCUCCUCACACGGCUACCAGAGUGGCCCCUCCUCACACGGCUACCAGGGGUGGCCCCUCCUCACACGGCUACCAGGGGUGGCCCCUCCCCGCACGGCUACCAGGGGUGGCCCCUCCCCGCACGGCUACCAGGGGUGGCCCCUCCCCGCACGGCUACCAGGGGUGGCCCCUCCCCGCACGGCUACCAGGGGUGGCCCCUCCCCACACGCCUACCAGGGGUGGCCCCUCGUCGCACGGCUACCAGGGUGGCCCUCGUCGAACGCCUACCAGGGUGGCCCCUCCUCGCACGGCUACCAGGGGUGGCCCUCCCCGCACGUAAGCGCUUCACAGGGGUGGCCCCCUUCCCGCGACGGCUACCGCCCCUCCUCGCACGCUCUACCAGGUGGCCCUCGUCGCACGGUUACCAGGGUGGCCCUAGGUCGCACGGGAUACCAGGGUGGCCUUAUCGUCGCACGGUCAGGGUGGGCCUCAGGUCGCAGGGAUACGGUGGCCCCUAGUCGCACGGAUACCAGGCGGGCCCCCAGGUCGCACGGGCGGCCCCCGCCGCAUCGGCUGGCCAGGGCGGCUCCCUUCGUCGCACGGCUACCAGGCGGCCUCGUCGCACGUAUUACCAGGGCGGGCUCCCCUCGUCGCAUCGGCUACCAGGGCGGCCCCUCGUCGCACGGCUACCAGGGCGGCCCUGUCGCAUCGGUUAAUAGGGCGGCCCUCACGCACGGCUACCAGGCGGCCCUCGUCGCAUCGCUCCACAGGCGGUUCCCUCGUCGCAUCGGUAUACCAGGGCGGCUCCCCUGUCGCACGGCUACCAGGGCGGCCCCUCGUCGCACGAAGGCCAGGGCGGCACCUUCGUCGCACGGUUACCAGGGCGGCCCCCUGUCGCAGACGGCUACCAGGGCGGCUCCUCGUCAAGACGGGUUACCAGAGCUGCCCCGUCGCACGGCUACCAGGGCGGCCCCCUCGUCGCACGGCUACCAGAGCGGCCCCCUCGUCGCACGGCUACCAGGGCGGCCCCCUCGUCGCACGGCUACCAGGGCGGCCCCCUCGUCGCACGGCUACCAGGGCGGCCCCCUCGUCGCACGGCUACCAGGGCGGCCCCCUCGUCGCACGGCUACCAGGGCGGCCCCCUCGUCGCACGGCUACCAGGGCGGCCCCCUCGUCGCACGGCUACCAGGGCGGCCCCCUCGUCGCACGGCUACCAGGGCGGCCCCCUCGUCGCACGGCUACCAGGGUGGCCCCUCCUCACACGGCGUGAAGUGA